GCUCGGGCUGGGGUCCCCCCGCACACCGGGCUCCGGGGGCCCCCCACGGCGGCCCACGCUCGAUGUCGCCCAGUGAUGCUGCAGGCGGGGCACGCAGGGCUGCCCGGUGGCUGGUGCGAUGCGGUGCCGUGGCACCUGUGCUGGGAACUGAAGCCGGCGAGGCAGGGAGCCGCCUCCGGCUGCAGCCGAGGAGAAGGGUUGAGCAGUGGGCGCAGGUUUCCUUCAGGUUGCGCUUUUCAUCUCCAGCUGAGGUGUAAGAUCAGCAUUUGUUUGGCUUUACACAGGCAAUGCUCCCAAAGACUGUAUGAUAAUUCCUGGUGGCCAAAAGCGGAGGCGCAUUGUGGCCAGUACAGAAAAGGAACAAGAACAGGAGGGCAGGAGCUUCCUACUGCCUCUCUGGCAGAGGUACCAAGUGCGUGGCCUGUCUGCAUCCCAGCAAAGUACUGGUUUUCGAAAAGUAAGUGAGACUGAGAGCCACCUCGGGGCACUUGGAGAGGAGGAAGAGGACUGGUGCCAGCAUGGAUAAGGACAGCACAAACCUGGCUGACCAGCAGUAUGAAUGUGUGGCUGAGAUUGGGGAAGGAGCCUAUGGGAAGGUGUUCAAGGCCCGAGACUUGAAGAACGGAGGUCGCUUUGUUGCGCUGAAGCGGGUGCGGGUGCAGACCAGCGAGGAGGGGAUGCCGCUGUCCGCUAUCCGAGAGGUGGCAGUUCUGAGGCACCUGGAGACGUUCGAACACCCCAACGUGGUCAGAUUGUUUGAUGUGUGCACCAUGUCACGAACAGACAGAGAGACCAAGUUAACAUUGGUGUUUGAACAUGUGGAUCAAGACUUGACUGCUUACUUGGAUAAAGUUCCAGAGCCUGGAGUACCUACUGAAACUAUAAAGGAUAUGAUGCUUCAGCUGUUUCGGGGACUGGAUUUUCUGCAUUCUCAUCGUGUAGUGCAUCGGGAUCUGAAACCCCAGAAUAUCCUUGUAACCAGCAAUGGGCAGAUAAAGCUAGCUGAUUUUGGCCUUGCACGACUCUACAGUUUUCAGAUGGCUCUUACCUCAGUGGUUGUUACUUUGUGGUAUAGAGCUCCUGAAGUCUUGCUUCAGUCCAGUUAUGCAACAGCAGUUGAUCUUUGGAGUGUUGGCUGCAUAUUUGCAGAAAUGUUCCGUCGAAAACCACUCUUCCGUGGAAAUUCAGAUGUUGAUCAACUAGGAAAAAUCUUUGAUGUCAUUGGACUCCCAGAAGAAGAGGACUGGCCUAAUGAUGUUGCCCUUCCAAGAAAUGCUUUUACUUCCAGACCCGCACAACCUAUUGAAAAAUUUGUACCAGAUAUCGAUGAAGUAGGCAAAGACUUGCUUCUUAAAUGCUUAGCGUUCAACCCAGCCAAAAGAAUAUCUGCAUAUGUUGCCCUUUCUCACCCAUAUUUCCAUGAUCUGGAGAAAUUCAAGGAGAAUCUGGACUGUCACAUGUCAUCCAGCCAAAACUCCAGUGAGGUGAAUGCAUCAUAAGUGCUGACUGAAGAUGAACCAUAAAUGAACAAGACAUGUAGCUGACAAGGCCGCUGUCCCAGACAAACCACAUAGCUGUCCUAGCGAGAUCAUUAUUUGGAGGUUUUAUGCACUUAUCUUUUAUUUUGGGAUUGUGAUGUGCUUAUCCAUGGAAAUCAAUCUAGUUUACUUUUAUCAGAGCAAUGCAAGGGCCAGGGCUUUGACCUGCUCCUGUUGCAGCUUUAUGUUUGUUUUGGUUUUGUUUUGUUUAUCUACCUGGGAAAACUCCAGAUGAAGAGAAGCUGCUGACCAGUUUUGCUGCCGUUUUGUCCUUCUAAUAUUGAAUGCUGCCAGUGUUUCAUGAUCAAAUCACUGCCAUCGAUGCAAUCUCUCUCUCUCUCUAGCUGCUGAAGCAUGAUUUGGUACUUUAUUAUUGUUAUUCUGUGACAUUUAAAGAAUGGCAUUGAAAUACCAGAUCUCUGCAGCCUGCAGUUAACUGAUACAUGUGUUAAUACAUUCAGCUACUGUUCAUUCAUAGCAGAUAUGCAGGUGCUUCCCCACUUGAAAACAUGGAUAAAUUAAUUUAUCAUUUUGUUGCUCUAUAAAAAUAACAGUGAUGAUGAUGAUCAUAAUAAAUGUCUCAGCUUUUAGGUUUUUUCAUACACAAACGAGUUAUUAUCUAGCUAUGUUUGUGUGCAUGUUUCAAAAAACUGUCCUGUUCUUACUGUUUCAAUUUCCAAAUGGUCUUUCUGUGUUGAAAUGCAGACAUGUUCUAGUCCAUCAUCUAACCCAUAAUUCCCCCAUGAAAACAGCUGCAAGCAUAUUUUCUUCAUCUCAUUCCAAAUAAUUUUCUGAUAUCCAGCUCAAAAGAUAUGAGCAGAGCCAAUGAAAAUCAAUACAGAUUUUCACCUUCAACCUGUUCUCAUUGUCAGCCAAAAACAAAAAUAGAAGAAAUAUUUCUGGCUCAGAAGCAGAGAAUCCUCUACCUGUAAUAAGCACGGAGAAGUAUUUGUGCUGCAUUGUUCUCUGUAUACUGUGCUGCUUUACCUGCAACACCCCCCAAUGCAUUACAAGUGCACGAACAUUAAUGGUCAAAAUCCCUCACAUAUCACUUACUAAGCAGGCUUGUUUUCUAUGCAGAAAUGCAUGACCUUCUCUCCUAAACCAUCAUGUGGAGAUACUAGCACAUGCCUCUCCACUAAGGUUAAUGUGCCAUUAUUGAAUGUCAAAAUAACGAAGCAAUUUACUUGUCUUUAUAGCACAGUUAUUUUAAAUAUUACCUGAAAUUUUUAUAUUUAGUAUUUUUACCUUAACUAAAAUAUAUUUUCAGUAUUUCGAAAAGAAACUUUUAUUUUUUUAAUACUGUACUGGGGAAAAAGAAGUAUUUUAAAUCCAUAAAAGCUGUUCCCUAGCUGUUCAGUGCAUUUACUUGGGCGUGACUUGGGGGAAAAUAUUGGUCCAAUGAGUAUAACUGAUGCUAAGUGAGGCAGCCAGCUUUGCUUUCUCCUGUGACAGUCCCUUAGGCUUCUCUCUUCCUCAUCUCUAUUUCAUCUUGUCUAGGUGGUGAGCCAGCAUUAUAUCCUCAUGCUUGGCAGAAGCAGGUCCUUAGCAGUGAGUUGGGCAGUGUAACUUUUCCAGCUGUGACAGGGGAGCUUGCAGCCAUCUCACGGGCAGGGCUCUCGCUCCUGUGGCGACCCUCACUGUUAACUCUGUUUCAGGUAUCUGCGCGCUCUGGGUCAUGGUCCACUGCUAGAAUAGUAAGUGGGUCUUACCUAUCUCCUGGAUAAAGCUUUUUGUUACUGCUAGACAUUAAAAUAUGUGAUAUAUGGUUAAAUUAGGUCUACUUUAAACAAGCCAGAGUUUAAAGGACUACUUGCAUGCUUGCAUGCAGUGGCCUGUGCUUUUCUUUAAGCCCACAAUGAGCCUAUGCAAAAAACUUCAGCAGCAUGAACAGGCAAGUUGCAAAUUAGGCCUGGCAAGAGCAUGCACAAAGCAUCUGCACACAGAGAUAUCACAGAUCUGUAACGUCAGAAUUUCAGAAGCUCUGUGAGCAGGAAGCUGAAGGCCAGGGAGCUGUCACAGCAGCAAACCUAAUCUUGGCCUUGCCUUUGUCAUUCUCUUUGUUCCUACACCCAAAGGGAACUGCAGACCUACUGCACUGGUGUUGUCCCAGUCCUAUUGCUGUAUGGGUUAGUGGACCCAAGUGUGAAUAAUUUUUACAAUUCACAGAGUAGGAUGGGCCAGAGUGAAUUUUUUGCUAGCAAUUUUUAAACACUACGUAGAACAAUAAACUGAGACAAAAGUCAGGAGACUCUUGAAACAGUAGUAAUUAGAAAAGCUUUUUUACGGAGUUUAGCACUUUUGAAAACAUUCCACAUUUUACCUAGCACGGAGCUAUCUGUCAUACAUACCUUAUCAGGGCAUUCAGCUGCUGUGGCUUCCCAGCAACUGCUCAGGGAACUCUCCCAGAGCUCUCCACCAACUAAUACAGGGUGAAAAUGUAGAGGAGGAGAUGAUAUUUUCCAAAUUAGGCUUAAAACUCUCAGAUAGAAAUGUGCAUCUGUUCCACAUAAGAAUCUGUUCUAUUAAGCUUAGCAAAGCUAAAAAGUAGACAAUAUGGUUGCUGAAUGUAGAUACAUUAUAAGGGUAAAAACAGAAAAGAGGGGAGAGAAUACUUAAAGCCAAAGGUUAGUGUUGGCCCAAAAACUAAUGAGAAUGUGGAAAUCACCAGGAAUUUAACUACUGGAGCAGUAUUUCCCAAUCGUAGUAUCAAAGAGCUAAGCAAGCAGCAGAGAAAAACAGGGGCUGGCUUAUGGAGUCACAGGCAGGGCUUCUGCAACAUGGUGCUGUGUGUUGUCUAAUAUUGUAGGAUCAGGUUAUAAAUGAGAGCAUUCAGGAGAACAGUUUCAAAGGGCUGCAUUAAUGGUCACAUUGUGGAACAUCUUUCCAGUGGGAAUGGCAGGAACAAAACCAAGAAAUCUAAGAAUCUUGGCAGGGUUAGGGAAAAUAUUUCUCUAAUGGGGUCCUUGUGGUAGCAAGGGCCUGGAUUCAAAGGACCAACAAUUUUUCAAAUUACCUCCUUUUCCAAAUCUCUUCAGGAAGAAAUUCCAUUUGACAUGCCAUAGACUUAAACAUAUUCCAGUCUUCCCUGCCAAACCAUGUGGGGCUGCACUUACACUAGUAAACUGAGAAAGCCUGUUCUCUGGCUGGGCAGAGCACUGUUGUUGGCUAAUACCAUGCCAGGAAUCAUAUUUAUAAUUAGACAGCACAGACAGCUGUGGGACGGUGCUCAAACCCAUGCCCUUGCUCUUCUUAUGUUACUGGUAUAGCUCUAAUAUUUUUGUACCUUUACUCAUUACUGCCAUAUGGGUAGGAUGUAGGAAUUGUGUAAGUGAAAAAGAAAGUGCUGUGAUGUAAACUCUUUGUACACCUUUAAAGAAGACUUCAGAGUGCAAUUCUUCUUAGUGAUAUCUAAACCUGUAUGUGUUCUCUUCUACAGGAGUGGUUCAACAGCAGCUAAAAAACGCUGAAUAACAAAAGAUGUAUUAAGUAUAGCUCCUAGAACACCCACAGCCAGGCACUGUGCUCUUCUUAGCAGAGAACAGGGUGUUCUGGGUAAUGGGAGGAGAAAUUUCUAUCUCCCACCAACCUUUUUUUUUUUCUUUUUAAUCACUACUACAUAACUCUGCAGAAAAAAACAGACCCAAUAGCUAAGGAAAAAAAUCACCACAAGCAGCUAGUGAAGUGCUAAUUGCUGAACCAUAGCAAUCCAUCUGGUGCAGCCCUUUUCUCUUCCCCCUGUCCAUGCUCACACCAGCCUUCCCAUUUGUCUCCUUCAGCUCCCUUAUGUAAACAGGUUUCAGUGAUGCUCACAGGUGCUAUUUCCAGCAAGAUUCUUCCAAAUGCUCCAUAGCUACACAUAAUGUCAAUGUCCCCUCCAUUCCUAUUACUAAAUCUUGCUUCUUUUAGUCUCACAGUCUAAACCAGUGAUGAGACAAGAACUUUGUGCACCUCCUUGCUUAGGCUUAGUUUUGUGUACCCCUGUGUUGCCUUCUGUGUGGUUAGUAAAAUUCUAAAAAUAGGAUUUGUGCAUAUUUCUGUGUAGGUUGUGUCCAGGCUCCAGGUUUCUUUCAGCCUAUUAGUCCACAAUGAUCUAUAAUAGAGCAUCUUUCCUUGUUGUUUCUGUCCUAAAACACACCAAAAAAUGAGGGCGUCAUGUUUGCAAAAAAGUUAAAUUUAGGGCUAUGUGUACAGAGCAUUUUUAAUGAAAGGAAUCACUAAAUUGCAGCAUUUGAACCUCUUCUGCAUGGGGGAGGGUUUCCUGCAUGGUAACUCUUACUUGGUUUUUAUACUCAGUGGUUGUUUUGGUGAAUAAGAAGAAAAUAUUGUGCCUUUCUGCUUUUCACAGGUUCGCUCACUGUCUUUGAGUUUUAUUAUGCAUAUUAUUCUUUCUGCUGUUAGGUAUUAGACCAACUUUAAUGUGGAAAAUAAAGAGAAAACAUGCUGGUUUGGUCUUCUAGCCAGCAAACUAGGAGCACUUACCUGACUGACAACUGAAAACACAUCAGUUGUCAAAUACAUACAUGAAUGAGAAACCACACAGUUCAGUUUUAAAGGCCACAUAAAUUAAUUAUGUUCCACAUAUAAGAUACAUUUGAAUAAUGAGGAAGUUUAUUCUAAGAACUCUGUUUUAUAGAACCACUUGGCUAGUAUUUUUCAUAUACAGUAGGUCCAGGAAUAGAUUGACUUUUAUAUACAAUGUGAAUUAGAAGUUACUAGGUUAUUUGAGUGAUUUUGUUGUUUUAUGCUUGAAGCUUGAAUUGAUUGCAAGCUUAGGAACCUAACAUAUUUAUUUUAUUGCUUCAAAACUGCUUCUAAAUAUCAAGAUCUCUUUUGAUUUUAACAGGAUUUCACACUUUUUUUUAAUGUGUAAAUUAUGUUCUUGAUAUUAGUAUGUUAGAGAAAGCAUUUUUCAGAACUGCAUUAGUGGGGGAAAAUUUAAGAAAUUUAUUUUUACUUUCACAGAGAGGUGAACUCUUAAUAACUGACUGUCAAUAAGCUAUAGUUUUACUUCCUUUUGAUUACUAAGCCUUGAGUAUACAGGUUACUUUCAGUGAAGAAAAAAAACAGAAUCUCUAAAAAUUAAAUGGGAUUUUAUAUGUUUAAGCUUCCAAGUUUUAUUUUCAUAUCCUUUUUUUUUUUGUGCAAGUACAGUUCAGAUGUACAAAAACAUGACCACAAUUUUAGCAGUCUAACAGGCUGGAUGACUCAAAUUGAGGUUUUAUUUGUGAGCUGUUUAUUUUAUUUUAUUAUCUAUCUGCGUCUUGCAAAUUAUUAGAUAAUGGCUGUAAUACAAUUCUAGUUUCUGGACUAGACUCUGUAACCAUCAAAUCUCAAUAAUUUAUGUAAAACAGAAAGAGGCUUUCUCAUAGAUUCUGAUUACCUAGGCCAUUAAAAGAAGAGAGAUGUAGACAUAUGAACUGACAAAUAUACUUUUGCCAAGUGUUGUUUCUUCCCUUUAGUUUGAAGCUUAGCAAGUAUUGCAUACUGAUCUGCAAUAUAUAUACAAUGUAAGAACCAUAAAGACCACUUAAGAGUAGUGUGCACAAAUAAUAUGAAAAAUGGCUCAUUAAACUCUUUGAGAAACUAGCUGAAAAUCAUUACUUUAGCUGUAACACUCAAAAUCUUGAAACUCAUACAUUUUUCCAUUAAAAAGUAUUCCUGAAAAA